CGGCGCAGGCGCGGAGGCGGCGCAGGCGCGGCGGCCGGAGCCGCGGGCGCGGAGCGGGCGCGGGACGCGGCCCCGCGGGAUGCGGGCGCGGAGCGGGCGCGGGACGCGGCCCCGCGGGAUGCGGGCGCUGAGGCGGCUGCACGAGGCGGCGCUGGGGCUGCUGCUGUGGAGGGGAGCGGCGGCCGCGUCCCGCCCCGCCGCCUCGGAGGUGCUGAGCCAGCACCUGCGGCAGCGCGGCCUGCCCCACUGGACCUCGUACUGCGUCAAGUACAGCGCGGUGCGCAACGACCAGUUCGGCCUCUCGCACUUCAACUGGCGGGUGAACGGCGCCAACUACCACAUCCUGCGCACCGGCUGCUUCCCCUUCAUCAAGUACCACUGCUCCCGCGCCGCCCCGCAGGACCUGGCGCUGCAGAACGCGGCCUUCACCGCCCUCAAGGUCCUCAACGCGGGCAUCCCAACUUUACUGUAUGGAAUUGGCUCCUGGUUCUUUGUCAGUGUCACAGAGACUGUUCAUACGAGUCACGGCCCAGUUACUAUUUAUUUUCUAAAUAAAGAAGACAAAGGCGCAAUGUACUGAAAUCAUGCCCUCGAGUACCUGUCAUUUGGUGGGUUUCUGUGUUACAGCUACUACAAAUAUCUGCUCCUUUUGACUAAAAAGGACUGGAGGCAACUGUUUUUUACAGUGCAUUUUUUUUACUUAACAUGCUGUCUUCUGGAAGCUCCAUGGACUUUUUGGUCACGAGAGAUUUAUUUUUGCAGAGGUCAGUUAAGUUGAAAAAGUAGAAGAGAGAAGAAUGAAUAUUUCUAAUAGUAUUAGAAUUUGUAGAAGACUAGUACUGCUGAACAAACCUGGUAAUUUAAAGAGAUACACCUACCAGCUUAGAGAACUGAAUUGUAGCAUGUGGGCAAGGAAACUAGAUGUUUUCAGUAUGAAAAGAUUAAGCUGCUUAGGUUUAGACUGUGACCAGAUGUCAGAUGUUUCACAGUGCAAUAACUGCCCCAGUUGCAAGCAUGUUUGAAUGAAUCCAUGGCACUGACUGUUCACAACUGCCUGAAAGACUCUCUGGAAAAAUACCAAUCCCAAGAAGUUGAAAAUGGCUGUAUCACAUUUCCCCAAAUGAUACUUAAAUAAAAUAUCUAAUCUAUGA